GGCAGCGCGAUGCUAGGUCAGCCGUUCUAUGGAGAUGGAGCGCCACAAGCGCAGAUACUGAGCUCGACGGCCCAACGGUCUGCUUAGAUUUUAACACGUUGUGCUUACAGCUACUUUAUUCUAGGAAAAACGGAUGUGCGAGACAAUGAUUGAGUGACAUCCAAGCCGCCACAAUACAAAAAACUACAUCGAUCUACGAGGAAAGACGGUGGACUGUCAAGGAGAAGCUACGCGACAUGAUACAGCGGUAUUGCUAUGAAUGGGUACAGAAGCUAUGCCGGAAGAGAUCGCGUACAGACUAGCAACAGCAGCAAGGACGAUGACGGUAACGAUAAGCGCAUGGGCGACGGUGACAAGUGUAGCAACGACGACGAUGGUACUCGGUGUGGAUCGACAGCCGUGCGAGGCACGAUUUGCCGUUCGAUGGAGACGAGGCGCAAAAAACGGAAAACGAAUAUCUACGACGAGCAGCGACCACGAUAUAAGAGGCGACGGCGACUGCAUUUGAGGCAGAGCGAUGGCUGUGCGAGGAGAGAGUUGUGGUUUGAUGGAGACAAGGCGCGAGGAGCGGAUAUUGGAUGGUUGCGACGAAGUGCGACCAACGUCCUGGCAACUGCGAUUCAAGAAUCUACGGCGAUUUACAAGCAAACGUCGCGCAGAUGUACAGCAAGACUAGCGCAGCGACUAUGGCUCGAUCUACAACAGCAAUCGCCGAGGAUACGACGUCCGACGAGCAUGGAUAUGGAGCCCGAUUGCUCAAGUUUAUAUUUUUAUUUCGCAGUGUUUUACUUACAGGUACCCUAUUCUAGAGUAAAUGACGACUUUAAAGGAAGAUUGCAGCAGGUCACAGAGCGACAAGUACGAAGAUCGCACGGAGGUACCGCGGACAAACGCGAAGACCACAGCUCGAUCUGCGACAGUGAUCCUCGAGGUUACGAGAUCCGACAGACAUGGGCACCAAGCACGACGGCCCAAGUUUUUAUUUCAGUCGCGCGACUUUUUACUUAUGGUUGCAUUAUAUUAGAAUAGACAACGAUUCAGAAGAAACAACGUAUCGACUAACAGAGCGACAAGUACGACGAGCACAGGCACAGAAAACCACAAGAGGAGCAUUCGAAGUAAUCCCACAGCCUUAUGCGCAAAAUCUCCUACGAAUGGUGGCACAACAGCGGAUUUCAGAGUCGCAACGAAAUGCGCGGCAUGCAAAGAGUAUCGAGACUACACCGAGUGGGCUCGAAGGCCCGAGUUUUGUUGUUUUCUGUCAAGCGUUUCACUUACGGCUGCAUCGUUUUAGAGAACAUAAUUUUUUACAGAGUGUUGACAAAUCUUCGAGCAACGACGCACUUGCAGCACGA